CCGCAGCUUCUUUCAAAAGGACCGGGACCCCCAUGGCCAAAGCUUUUGUGAAGAGCGAUCCAGACAGCGGCUUGGAGCACAGCCUCGCUGAAUUGAUGGAAGAAAGAAGCUAUUAAUGAGAGCCAGCCAACAAUGACUGUCCCACCGAUGAUGGAAGAUCCCGUUCGGAUUGGGGAAGACAAGUACAUUCCCAAGAAGGAGCUCCUGGGACACUUGAAGACGUACAACUAUUAUUAUAAAGGACAGACUGCUCAGCUCCGACACAGAGAGGAAGAAGAAGAGCUGAUCAUCGAGGGGCUUCUCAACAUUUCAUGGGGACUGCGCCGGCCAAUCCGAUUGCAGAUGCAGGAUGACAACGAGCGGAUCCGACCCCCGCCUUCAUCGACCUCCUGGCACUCAGGAUGCAGCAUCGAAGCACAGAGACCCACCAAGACAACAUUUGUUAUACCAGACAUCAAAGUGGAAGAGUCUGAGAGUGUGCCUGAGAAGAGGGAGACGGUGACGCAGAGUGACGACAAUUCCCAAGAGUGCAGUUCGGGUGACGCAGGGAGUUCACAGUUAAUGCGGACCAAGAGUGAUGCCGGAGCCCUGAUCUUCCGGAGGGCAAAUCUGCGGUCACCAAGUGACAAGCGCAGAAUUAGACGACAUCGUUUCUCUAUCAAUGGUCACUUUUAUAACCAUAAGACAUCUGUCUUCACUCCUGCAUUUGGUUCUGUUACUAAUGUCCGUGUGAACAGCACCAUGAGCACUCGUCAGGUCUUAAACCUACUCCUCAACAAGUUUAAGAUAGAAAACAGUUCUGAUGAAUUUGCACUUUAUAUUGUUCAUACCAGUGGAGAAAGAACAAAAUUGAAGGAUUCAGACUAUCCUCUGAUCUCCCGUAUUCUUCAGGGACCAUGCGAGGCCAUAGCUAAAAUCUUUCUGAUGGAGAAGGACUUGGGUGAAGAGGUCACCUAUGAUGUUGCUCAGUACAUCAAAUUUGAAAUGCCAGUGCUGCAGAGUUUUAUUGUAAAACUGAAGGAAGAGGAAGAUCGAGAAGUCAAAAAGUUAACACGCAAGUAUUCAGUGAUGCGUGCCAUCAUUGAGACACGCGUGCAAGAACUGACAGAGUCCUGGGCACAUAUCUGAGACUCAGCACAGCGGUUGGAUCGACUGGUACAGGAUGGUUUUGAGCAGGCGCUCUUGGUUGUUAGCGUCUGGGCCAUGACGCAUAGACUAUGCACUUCACUACCUACCGACGAGUGGGACAUUCAUGCACCUUCCAGACUGGCACCUGUGGAGAAAUGUUAGCUGGGAAGGGUUCCUGAACAGGGUUGCCAACUCUCUUGAAUUUCCCUAAGGUCUUCAGCAACUGAAGAUGAAUCUUCCGCUCAGCAUUCUGAACAAAAUCUAGGUGAGAAAAUGUCGGAGGAGCAUUCAAAAACAUCACCUUUGCCACCAUUCGCACCCACCACCCCCACCCCCCCCCUAAAAAUUUUAUUUGAAUACUUGCAAUUCUUUCAGGAAUAUAAGAGUUUGGGGAGAAAAGGCUGAGUCGAGAAUCAACAAAGUGAGUGAUAAAGACUGCUCGUUUCUAACUGCUGUGAAAAGUUGGGAAAACCAUAAGGAUAGGCAAGUUGGAUGAGCAGUGACAGGAGCGUGGCAGGUGGUGUAGGUGGGGAGAGGUCAGGACAUCCUGAUGAGACCUUUGGGAAUACAUCCAAUCAGAACUGGCAACCCGAUUCCUGAACCAUCCCAGCAUAGACAUAAUGGGCCGAAUGGCCGCCUUCUAUGCUGUAACAAUACUAUAAUUCGCCUCGAACCACUCCAUUUUGCUAUUAAACAACUUUUUGAUCACUGUUCUAGAACAGACUCGAAUGUUAAGGGUGGAUUAGAUCUCUGGGGUCCUCUGCAACCUGAGCAGCGUCAUGGUACUCAACUUAGGUGAACCACGUAUUGGCAAAUGAAUGUGAAAUGUUUUAUUGAAACCCGAAGCACAAGAAAUGAAAAUAUUGGUGAACAAUCCUAUUGGGUUGCAGCACAAAAGCUACUUUGAAAUGUUGCUCUCUAAAACUUCAGUGUUCUGCGGAGGCUUGUAAGACUAACCUCACUGGAAAGAGGGAAAACCAGACCGGCACCUGCCUUUUCCAGCUGUCUUUAUUUCUGUGGCUUUUCCCUUGUCCUGUUGAUCUUCUCACACGGCUGCUCUCCUGCCUCUCAGUCAGAAAGUUGUGGCGUCAAGUGCUGCUCCAGACAGUGGGAUACAGAAUUCUUUCAUGGCAUGCUGCGCUGGUAGAGCUGCUGUCCUCUCACAUGAGGCAUUCGACUGAGGCCCUGUCUGCCCCCUCACGCGAUCAGUAAAGAUUUCAUGGCACUACUUUAAAGAAGAUCGUGAGAGUUCUCCCCAGCAUUCUGGCCAAUAUUUCACUCCAUGUAACAACACUAAAACGGAUGGUCUGGUCAUUAUCACGUUUCUGCCUGUGGGGACUGACAGUGUGCAAGUUGCCUGCCAUGUUUCAGACAUGACAACGGCGAGUUACAAUUUACAGAAGUAAAGUUUGGUGUCUGAAGCGCUUUGGGAAAACAUCCUGACAUUCUGAAAGGCGCUGUAUCAAUGCAAGUCUUGUUUUUUCCCUCAGUAAUGUGACUUCUCCAGUUAGGAGGUGGAUGAAGUACAAUAUUGUACCACUGUGGGCAGUGGGGCCUCAGAAAGCCUCAAGCAGAUGGACGAAUCCAGUCUUGCUUCAAGUACACAGCAAUUGCCAAUAAGCUAUGUCAGGUAGGUGAAAGGAUAGGGGACCUGAAACCUUCCUGGGUAGCUGCUACUGCUCAUUGAGGUCAAUGUUGGUUGCACAAUACCUGUUAAAUUAUGGAGUUGAAUAGGGGGUCCAGGCCACUGGACCUUUCACGUUUCUGUUAGUCUCCUGUGCCAUCUUGUGGACUUAAAACCUGCUGCCUUGUGGGAGAGACGGUGUCACAUUAUCUACUCAGUCCACAAGCCGAGCUGAACGAAAAGUUGCAAUCAUUUGGCACUUUUCAUGAUCACCAAAUGUCAAUCAUCUAUUAAGUACUUUUUGAAGUAUGGUCACUGUUGUAAGGUAGGAAACACAGCAGCCAAUUUUGCACAUAGCAAGAUCCCACAAACAGCAACAGGCAAAUAGCCAGAUAAUCUGUUUAUUUUUGUGUUAUGUUAGUUGAGGGAAAAAUAUUGAUCAGGAUAUUGCCAUGAGAUCUUUUACGUCCACCCGAACAGGCAGACGGGAGUCAAUUUAAGAUCUCACCUGAAAGACGGGACCUCUGACAGUGCAGCAUUGCAAGGCAAUACCCUCAGUACUGCACUGGGGUAUUUACUUGAUCCUUGAGCUCAACCCUAGGAGUGGCAUUUGAACCCAGAACCUCGUGACUUGAAAGUUGCUUUUCUUGGGACAUGAGAGAGAUCCUGGGGGGACUAGAGAUGUGACCUAUUCAACAGUUAAUGAAGGAUAUGUUAAUGUAAUGAAAUGAAAUGAAGAAAAUGAUUGGGAAAAAUAUCCCAUUUGCCUGAAUGAGUGCAGUCAGCUCUACCCAACAUCUGAUUUGAGCUGUUGCUGAUUUUUGUUUGUACAACGCAGCCAAAAGCCAUUAUCGCUGGAAUUGUGCACAGGGAGGUCACCCAGCACCUGGGCUGGUUUUCUGACCAGGGUGUUCCAUUCUAAUCAAAAAGCCAAGACCUGAACCAUUUCCAAUUCCUCGCCACCAAGUCUACACCCUCUCCUUUUCUUGUGAAUAUGUCAUUUUCCACUUGCUGCAAGUCUACACCAUGGAGUCCAAGCCUGUGAAAUAGUCACCAGUAAAAAGAAUGAACUUUUUUGUCUGACCAGGAAGGUACAAAUCUCCACACAUUAGCACAUGGUCAGAUUAUAACAGGGGUAGGGAUGGACUGUGUAGGUAGUCCAGUUUUCUGAAUUUUCAUUAACACGAUGAUCAUGUGCCAUAUGGUCAAGUAUGUAAUGGACAGCCAACAGUCAAUGAUUUGAACAUGAAGAUUUAUGUAAUAUUGUAAUCAGGUAUCCUAUUUGUGGAAAGCGCACUUAAAAUGUCUGGUACAGAAUCUAAUUGCACUUUGACGUAUGAAAUCUGGCAUUGGACUUUUGGGAAGGCGCUGAGGGAGUCUGAAUGGAAUCCUGGUCUGAGUUCAGUUUCUGAUCACCAGGGCCUCAGCAGGAAGAAGAUGGGUUGCAACAAAAUUGGCUUUGGCUUAGCACAAAUGCUUACAAAAAGAAAUGUUUUGUUUCUCGUUCUUUUCAAAUUUGCGUUGUGUUUGGCCAGUUCUAAUUUGGCUCAUUGUGUUUAUUUCUCUUUAGUUUGACUCAUGUGGAUGAAGUAGGGUAGCAGCAUCAUGUUAAUUUGGAUGAAGUAGGGCAGCAGCAUCUUGUUAAUUUAUGACAGGAGGUGAUUGUAUUUGGGGCUGUAAAUGUGACGAGAUGUGUCACAACGUAAACAUGGGUAUGAAAGCGAGUGUGAUCACAGAAAUGAAACAAGCGCACCGACAAACAGCCACAUGGUUUCCCAACAAGAGGAGGCUUAUCUAGAUGGAAGGACUGAAUGAAUCAAACCGAGGACACGAUUGGCUGUAUAAAGCAUGCAAACUGCCCACUUUCUCAUUAUCCUCCCUUUUAGAACAUUUCUGCAUCUGUUCUUAUGCCCAGGUUGUUACUCUCUUGCAGAAAAGUUCCCAUUCUCCCUUUUCAAAGUGGUAUCAUUUUGAAUCCCAGAUGAACUAAAAAUCUUGUUUUGAGUGCUGAGCUGUUCCCAGAGCAUCAAAAGCCCAUCAGUGUUUGACCUAACUUGGAAGAAAUUGUAAGCAAUAUAUAUAUAUAUUUUUCUGUCGCACUAUUUCAUGACAUACAUACAUUUGGCUAGUUAAAACGUGAGCUAUUUUUAAAAAGAAAGAUGGAGUUGAAUAAAGUCUAACGAAUUUA